GCGAGACGCGUACAUCGGCGGCGAGCUGACCCUCUUCUUCUAUCCCUGGGGGGCUUGCGUCGUUCUCCAGGCGUUCUCUCCGGCGUUCUCGACCGGCGCCUCCUCUUCGCCGCCCUGGCGCUGCUGACGAGCAUGACGUGCCUGAUCACGACGCAGGUGUCGACGUUCAAUGGCCUCGCGUGGGCGCGGGCGUUCUCAGGGCUCGGCAUCGGCGGCUCGCUGCCCGUGGUCUACUCGCUCGUAGGCGACUGGUACCCGGCCAGCCGGCGCGCCAGCGCCACGGCCUACGUCACCGCUGCCAGCGGCGCGGGGGUGUUCGCCGGCCAGUGCAUCGCCACGCUGAUGGGCUCCGUGGACUGGCGCUGGCCGUUCCUGGUGGUCGCGGUCCCGUCCCUGGGCUCCUGCGUCGCGAUGUGGUACCUCGCCGAGGAGCCGGUGAGGGGCGGCCAGGAGGACGGCAUAGAGACGCUGUCCCUCUACCAG